CGUACUCACAGACCGGAGUUAAAAGUUCAUCCCUUUCUAGUUGCUCUCUUUUGUGAUAACAAUUGUGGUGCAAAAUGGCUGCAGCGGCAACCGAGGCUGCGUUUUCCAUCUUCUGCUCUUGUUCUUCUCCAAAAUCUCAAUCUUGUUACAAAUACGUACCCUCUUUGAGAUCUUACAUUUCUGCUUCUAGUCCUACAUUUUUCCUUAAAUCCCCGCUUUUUUCACUCCCUCUUCUCUCAACCUCUCAUCCCCUCGAAACCACAAGAUUUAAGUUACGCUCAACUUUAGGAAAUGCGAUUGCAGAAGAAGAUGCAGAGCAAGCCCAGAAAGUUAAUCAAAAAAGGAAACUUUUCGUGCUGAAUUUGCCUUGGUCUUUCUCGGUUGUGGAUAUAAAGAACUUCUUUGGUGAGUGUGGAACUGUGGCAGACGUUGAGAUUAUCAAACAGAAAGAUGGGAGAAGUAGAGGAUUUGCAUUUGUGACUAUGGCUUCUGGAGAAGAGGCUCAGGCUGUAAUUGAUAAAUUUGACUCUUCCGAGAAUUCUUGAAACGCCUGGAAUAAUCGUCAAAAGAUGAAUUGGUAUAUGAAACCAUGACUUUGCAUUAGGAAUCUCCAAAGAAUUGGCUCUGAGAAAGACUAAGAGAAGACAGUUUUAUGGCUAUUUGGGAGUUUCAAGGAGUUGCAGGAUCCAAAUGAUGGUGGAUUGAACUUUUCCUUAUGGGAAUUGGGCAUGAAACGGUGUUCAAUAUCUAUUUUAUUUUCUCCAUCUCAUAAACAAUUUAAGAUGCAUGUGUUAUAUUUACUACGGUAUGCUUAAUGUAGUAAUACAUCAGUUAGGUAAUAUAUGAGUGAAAAAUACUUUGGUUCCUUCUAUCACUACCUCAAGUUAGUAUUUGCUAAAAGC